ACCAUGAUACUGAAUGAUUAUCAUAUCCUUAGUAUUUAUGUUUAUAUUAUGUUUUUAGUGAUUGUCACUCAUUAGACUGCAGGGGAAAAAACGCUUUUGACCACAGUCUCGGACCGAGUCCCAAAACACACUUGUAGCCAAUCAGCAAUAAAGGGGCGUGUCUUGUAAUGAUAGAGAGAGAAGAGAGCUCUCAGUUUGAAUGCACAGUACAGAUAUUAGCUGAUUGAGUAUAGAUAUAGACAGAUGGCAGAUAAAAAAAGAGGAAAAUAUCAGAGAAACAAAACAUUAAAAAGAAGGGUUAUGAUCAGGCAGCAGGACCUGUGUAAAUAUCGGAGCAUCUUUCCAGCGGUGGAGAGAACUCAAGGAGCGGGAAGGGCUCAAAUCAGAUGCUGAGGUUGCAUUAUUUCUUCUUGACAGGUUUCUUCAGGAAACCAGUUGAACUUGUUCUGUAAAGUGAAAGAGAUUUCAGAUCUACUGUUCAACAUGACAGUUCAGAGGAGAAAAUAGAAAGACCUACAAAUAUAAUUUGCGAACAGAACUCUUUUUGGAGACGCAGAAGAAGACUGGUAGUAAAAUGAGUUUCUAUCAGAAGAGAAAGGAGGAGGAUGUUGAUCACUCUCAGUACCAGAGAGCAGAAUCUCCAGAGCCCAGCUGUGUGUCUAUGAGGAGUGAUGAAUCCCUGCUAUUGCCCCCUGAACUCAGUGAUGGACCUCUUAACCCCAGCGAUGAUCAGCCUGGAGACCAGGUUCCUCCUCAACCACCGAAUGAUGAACUACAAAGAGUUAAAGACCAGCACAAAACCAGCAUGAAGAACAAGUAUGAGAGAUUUUUUGAGGGAAUCAAACUCCGGGAGAAUGAAACCCUACUGAACAGGAUCUACACACAGCUCUACAUCAUAGAGGGAGAGAAAGAAGGAGUGAAUGAAGAACAUGAGGUUUUACAGAUGGAGAAAACAGCCAGAACAAAACACUCACAAGACACUCAAAUCUACUGCAAUGACAUCUUUAAAGUCUCAGCUGAAGCAGGAUGUGAGGAGCAAGAGCAGAUCAAGACCGUUCUUACGAAAGGCAUCGCUGGAAUCGGAAAAACCGUCUCUGUGCAGAAGUUCAUUCUGGACUGGGCCGAGGGAAAAGCCAAUCAGGAUGUAGAUUUCAUGUUUGUGCUUCCAUUUCGAGAGCUGAACUUGAUCCGAGAUCAUCAGUACAGUCUUCACAAACUUCUGCUGGACUUUCAUCCUGAACUUCAAGAUCUGGACUCACAGAUUUAUGAUGAGUGUAAAGUUGUGUUCAUCUUUGAUGGUCUAGAUGAAAGCAGAAUCACACUGAAGUUUUCAGACGCUCAGAAAGUUUGUGAUGUGACUGAGAUUUCAUCAGUGGCUGUGUUGAUGUCAAACCUCAUGAAAGGAGAGCUGCUUCCCUCUGCUCUCAUCUGGAUCACCUCCAGACCAGCAGCAGCCAAUCAGAUCCCCUCCAAAUACAUCCACCGUCUGACGGAAAUUCAGGGAUUCACUGAGCCUCAGAAGGAGGAAUAUUUCAGGAAGAGAAUCAGUGACCAGCAUCAAGCCAGCAGAAUCAUCUCACACAUCAGAAGAGCAAGAAGCCUCCACAUCAUGUGCCACAUCCCCGUCUUCUGCUGGAUCUCAUCCACUGUGCUUCAGAAGCUCCUGGAAGAAGAUCUGAGUGCAGAAAUCCCUCAAACUCUGACUGAAAUGUACAUCCACUUCCUGCUUAUUCAGAUCAACAUGAGGAACCAGAAGUAUAAAGAGAGAGAUCCAGAGAAACUCCUACAGUCCAACAGAGAAGUGAUUGUGAAACUUGCUGAAGUGGCUUUCAAACAGCUGAUGAAGGGCAAUGUGAUGUUCUAUGAGGAGGACCUGAUUGAGAGCGGUAUAGACGUCUCUGACGCCUCAGUGUAUUCUGGGAUUUGCACUGAGAUCUUUAAGGAGGAAUCUGUGAUUCAUCAGAAGAAAGUAUACAGCUUCAUUCAUCUGAGCGUUCAGGAGUUUCUCGCUGCUUUCUAUCUGUUUUACUGCCAUCUGACAAAGAAUAAGGAGCCAUUGCAGGACAUUAAUUAUGAAAGAUACAGUUCUGAGGAAAACUCUUUGUAUGAUCUACUAAGAUCAGCAGUAAAUAAAGCUCUUGAGAGUGAGAAUGGACACCUGGAUCUGUUCCUGCGGUUCCUGCUGGGCGUCUCACUGGAGUCCAAUCAGAGACUCUUACAGGAUCUACUGACACACACAGAGAACAGCUCAGAGAGCAUCAGAGAAACCACACAGUACAUUAAAGACAAGAUCAAGAAAAAAGACUAUAUCAUGAAACUCUCCAUUGAAAGAUCCAUCAAUCUGUUCCUCUGUCUGCUGGAAGUGAAAGAUCAGACUCUGUCCAGAGAGAUUCAGGAGUUUGUGAAAUCUGAUAAAAACUUAGAGAAUGAACUCACUCCUGCUAACUGCUCAGCAAUCGCCUACAUGCUUCAGAUGUCAGAGGAGCCGCUGGAUGAGCUGGACCUCAUGAAAUACAACACAACAAAUGAGGGUAGAGGAAGACUGAUACCAGCUGUGAGCAACUGCAAAAAAGCUCUACUUACUGGAUGUUACCCUUUUGAUCAGCACUGUGAAACUGUGUGUUCCGCUCUCCAAUCAUCAAACUCUCAUCUGUGUGAGCUGGACCUGUGUAUAAAUGACCUGAAGGAUUCAGGAGUGAAGCUGCUUUCUUAUGGGCUGGAGAGUCAAAACUGUCAGCUGGAGAUACUAAGGCUACAUGGGUGUAAUCUCACUGCUCAAUCUUGUGAGUGUUUGUCAUCAGUUUUACAAUCAUUAACCUCCCAUCUGAGAGAGCUGGACCUGAGUAACAAUGACCUGCAGGAUUCAGGAAUGAAGUUUCUUUCUGAUGGACUGAAGAGUCCAAACUGUCAGCUGAAGAUACUAAGAUGUUCCAUAUGUAAUCUCACUGCUCAAUCUUGUGAGAGUUUGUCAUCAGUUUUACAAUCCUCAACCUCCUGUCUGAGAGAUCUGGACCUGAGUAACAAUGACUUGCACAAUUCAGGAGUGAAGCUUCUUUUUGAUGGACUGAAGAGUCCAAACUGUCAGCUGGAGAUACUGAGGUUGUCUGGCUGUAUGGUGACAGAGGAAGGCUGUGGUUAUGUGUCUUCAGCUCUGAGUUCAAACCCCUCACACCUGAAAGAGCUGGAUCUAAGUUACAAUCACCCAGGAGAUUCAGGAGUCAAGCUGCUGUCUGAAAAACUGGAGGAUCCAAACUGCACACUGUGCAAACUCAUUGUGGAUCAUGGAGGAGAAUCCAGGAUUACAGCAGGACUACACAAAUAUGCCUGUUUUCUCACACUGGAUCCAAACACAGCGAACACUGAACUCAUUCUGUCUGAGAAGAACAGACAGGUGACAAAUGUGAGAGAGGAGCAGCCGUAUCCUGAUCACCCAGACAGAUUUGAUGAGUGUGAGCAGGUGUUGUGUAGAGAGAGUGUGUCUGGACGCUGUUACUGGGAGACUGAGUGGGGUGCUGAUAGAUGUGUGUGUAUAUCAGUGUCAUAUAAGAGCAUCAGCAGGAAAGGAGAGGGUAAUGAGUGUUUAUUUGGUGCUAAUGAUCAGUCCUGGAAUUUGGAGUGCCUUCCCUCCGGUUACCUAUUCAGACAUAAUAAUAUAUGGACUGAUCUCCCUGUACAGCCCAUCAGCAGUAGAACAGAAGUGUAUGAUGAUAACAGUAUAAUGCGACAGUGUUUGGUUCAUGGGAGAAUAGGAGUGUAUGUGGAUCACAGUGCAGGAACUCUGUCCUUCUACAGCGUCUCUGACACAAUGAGCCUCAUCCACACAGUCCAGACCACAUUCACUCAUCCGCUCUAUCCUGGGUUUUAUCUUUGUCCUGAAUCGUCAGUGAAACUGUGUUGAUUAAUCAGAAUAAAUUGAUUGGAGAUUCUACCCAUAAUGCUUUGAGCUGCAUGGUAAAUCAGUAACAGUAAGAUGUUAUAGGGUCGCCAGGAUGAAUGGAAAUGUAUAUAUGCAUGUAACAAAGUUCAAGAAAGCGGGAACGGGCAAACGUAACUUAAUAACAAAACCAUAAACAGCACAAUGAAAGUUAGCAGCAGCCACCUCACGGCAUUACUUCAGUGCGUAUCUGUCUCUCUGUGUUUGUGCUCUGGAAAGCUUCAAAUGUUUUUAUUUACAACAUGUUUUUGCAGCACAUACAGUACAUUAUCACAGACAUAUCUGUUAAUUUCUGGAGACAAUUGCAUAUCAGAGGCUUUUCAAUCAGAAUCCACUUACUUCUCAAAAUGCCAGAGUUUUUGUUCAGUCCUGAGUUCUGCAAGGUCAUUAUAACAAAUAAAGUGUAGACACGAUGUAAAUAAGAGACUUCUUGUGCAGUGUAGAGAAAUUAAUGGAUUAUAAUGGAAUUUUCUGAGAUCAUGAUAACAGAAAUGAGUGACAGCUCAGUGAUUAUUAAGGGAGCAUUAUAUGCGCUUUGUUGGAUUUAGAUAAUCUAUUCAGAAUUUGAAUAAAGGUAAAAAAAAAAAAAAAAAAGUGAGUCACAUAUAUACAUUUAUGCUUUUACUGUCAUGUCAAUAAUUUGUAUUUGUAAUCAUUACUAUCAAAAUUAUCUUUCAAUUGAAAUGUACCUUUAACAAUCAUGAUUAACAUUAAGACAUUUUAUAAUUCAUGUUUUUUUUUUUUUUUUUUUGCAUAAUUAAUAAAACACAAUGACAAAUCAUUUUGAGAUAAAAUUUUAAUUGAUGAUGUAUAAGUAAAAUGUCUGAAUACUGUAUGAAUCAUGAAUAUUGUUGGAUCAUGGAAUAAAGACACUGGGAGUCUGA